CAAGGAGGUAUACAUUUUUUAAAUAAAUAACUGCUUUUGGGAAUAAUAAUAUGAGUAAAAAGAUUUCAUGUUAAUAUUAUAUUUAACAGUCUUUAAUUGAUACAGAUGAGAUAAUGUUAAAUUAUUUUAAUAUAUAAAUUUAACUUUUCUAUUUGGUUAGCAUCAUAUGAUUCCUCUAAAUAACUUAAAUGGAAUUAAAUGUGAAUAUUAAUUUUUAAGCCUUUUUAUUUAUAACAAAUGAUUAAUAUAAUCAGGAAUAUAUAGAGUAAAAUAUGUAGAUGUACUUAUAAUUAAAAUUUCACAGCUAUACCAACAGACAGGUUUGUCAUAUCCAACAAUUUUAACCAAUAGAUGAGGAAAAGAACAUAAAAAUUCACUCUGAACAUCAAGUUUUGUUAAAAAUUGAAACUUACAAUAUUUUACAGAAAUUAAAUAUAAAAUGUAAACAGUUGUUUGGUAAAAUAAAAUAACUCUAAACCUAACCUUUGAUGAAGUGGAAAUAUUUUCUCUUCAUCUUUUAGUGAAUGGUCUAUGACAACAAAUGUUAUUUUCAGUCGAAGAGUAGAUCUUUAAAUAUACAUAGAAUUUGGAGAAAGAAACUUUGACAGGCAAAACAGAUGGAUGAUAAAAAGGAUAAGGAAAGACUUAGUAUUUAUGAAACAUGGUGGAAGCAUUUAAUAGCUGGCUCAAUGGGUGGUAUAGUUUCAAGAUCUUGUACGGCACCGUUGGAUCGACUGAAGGUUUUUGCUCAGGUUACUGGUGAAUUUUAUCAUCCCGUUUGGGGCUUGGUGAAGAUUGUAAAGAAAGAUGGAUUUUUUUCUCUGUGGAGAGGUAAUGGAAUAAAUAUGAUGAAGAUUACACCUGAAACAGCAAGUAAAUUUCUAAUUUAUGAAUACGCAAAAUUGUUGAUGGGAGCUGAACAUGAAUCGCUUACUAUCUGGGAAAGAUUUAUUUGUGCUGCAUGUGCCGGGAUAUUUAGUCAAACAUUGAUUUAUCCUAUAGAAGUUCUGAAGACCCGCAUGGUAAUAAGAGAAGGAAGAAAUAGCGUACAUUCGCUGAAAAACGUUUAUAAAACAUUGAUAAGAAACAAAGGACACAUUGGCUUGUUCCAAGGAUACUUUUCAACGAUAGUGGGCAUUAUACUCUUCACUGGAACUGAUUUAUGCACAUAUGAGACUACGAAAAUCUUCCUCCAAGAUCGAAUAUUAGAAGACGAGACAGAAGUUCCUUUGCCUAUCAUUCUGACAAGUGGUAUUUUCGCUUGUAUAACUGGACAAGCAGUUGCAUAUCCUCUUUCAAUGGCAAGUACAGCAGUGCAAGCUUCAGAGACAAAAGUUGAGGCCCGAGAUAUAUUGUAUAAAAGGUUUAAGCAACGAGGGUUAUAUGGCUGGUAUCGAGGGUCUAGCAUGUCAUAUCUGAAAGCAUUACCAGCAGUCUCUCUCACUUAUUUAGUCUAUGAAGUGACAUUGAACCAACUUGGAGCUCAUAUGACACACUGAUCAUGGAUAACAGUUUUUUAGGCCUAGAUUCAGAAUUUGUUGGCAAUCUUGUUUACGGAGGUGUAGCCAUUUAUACUAUUAUCCGCAACUUCUUUGGAAUUGCUGUAAUAUUUUACAAUAAUUGGAAUGCAUUAAAUAUACUGAGAUGGGUUCUUUCAGUUUACAAUUUUGGGAGAGCCUUGCUAACAAUAUACAGAAUAUUUUACGGAAAUGAUUCGGAUAAUAAUUUAUACCAAAUUGGGAUGACAAUGAUUAAUGUUUUUGGAUUUAAUAUCACCCUAAUUGGUCUUUUAAGUGUUUUAUUGGCCACUUCAGGAGUUAUUGGCAAAGGGUUUACUAUUUACAAUUCAUUGAAAGUUGUAUUAGCAGUUUUACAGUUAAUUGGUGGAAAAAUGGAUCUCUAUAAUAGUAUAAUGGCUGGGAUAACAGUGCUCCUGGGUUAAUUUUAUCUCAUUAUAAAUAAAGAUCUCUGAUUCUA